ACCGAAAUAAUCACCAAAAGGAAUCGAAAUUAGCUAAUUUUGUGAAUCCACUCAUUAUUAAAUAUUUUCAGAAUGAAGAACUAAACUAUUAGUAGUGUGAUAAACGUCAAUAUCAAACAGUUGAAUAAUUAUAAUGGGUUUCUUGACAAUUCUAAAGAAGCUGCGGCAGAAAGAGAAGGAAAUGCGAAUACUUAUGUUAGGCCUAGACAAUGCAGGGAAGACAACAAUUUUGAAACGAUUUAAUGGUGAACCAAUUGACACUAUUUCUCCAACACUAGGCUUCAACAUAAAAACUUUAGAACAUAAGGGAUUUAAGUUGAACAUUUGGGAUGUUGGGGGACAAAAGUCUUUGAGAUCAUACUGGAAGAACUACUUCGAGAGUACGGAUGGAGUGGCGUGGGUGGUGGACGCGGCGGACGGGGCGCGACUGUCGGCGUGCGCGGCAGAACUCCGCGCGCUACUCACGGAGGAGCGUCUGGCGGCCGCCACGCUGCUAGUGCUCGCCAACAAGUGCGACCUACCCGGAGCACUCUCCUUGCAACAAAUACGAGAGGCUCUAGAUCUCGACAGCAUAAAAUCUCAUCACUGGCGCAUCGUGAGGUGCUCUGCAGUCACCGGAGAGAAUCUUUUAGAAGGAAUCGACUGGAUGUUAGACGAUAUUGCGUCGAGAAUAUUCACUCUAGACUGAAUUUAUUCUAUUUUCUUUAUAAAGCACUAUAUCACAAGAUAAAUUGUGACGUCAUAGUAAUAAUUUAAAAAAAUCAUAAGAAAUUUACAACUAUUUAGAAAUAACAGCUCAUUCUAACAACACUUAUUCAAAACUAAAUAUUACUUAGUUUUUAUUUCACACAUUUAUUUAACAUAAUCCAUUGAAAAAAAUUACCUUUGGAAAAUGCUGUACAUUUAAGUAAGUUUUAUAUGUAUCGUUAAUUUUUUAUGAUUGAAAUGUCAAUCUUGUGAAUUCUAAAAUCCUGCAUGGUAAAUUUACGAUAUCAAAGAAGAAAAUUUAAAGGAUAAAAUAAUUUAUCAUUAUAGUAUUAUAGCAUUUUCAUUAAAAUAUUAAAAUAGUUUGUAUUGAUAGUAUUCCAUGUUCAUUAGAAAGUGUAGUGUCCUAUGUAUUUUUAAAGUAAAGGUAAUCCUUCUAUAACACGGUAGAUACAUACCUACAAAAUCCCGUGUUCUCAUAUAGAUGAGAUGUUAUAAUGUUACAUGUAAAAUACAGGUAUAGACCUAUUUUUUUUCCCUUUAAUGCAUAGAAAAAUAGCAAAAAUUUCGUUUAUUCCGAUAUACUGUGUGUUCAUAGUGCAUAGUAAUUUUCUAAAUAAUUUUAAAAUCAUCAUUAUCCUGCUGGAGAAGUACUGUGUUACUAAUAAGGGAUUUGGGAUUUUUCCUUUAGUUUUAUAGUGAAACCGUGUUUUUAUAGGAAGGUUACCUGCAGUUAAAGGUCUACACACACAUUUUCAAAAUGUAAUUAGGUUUACAAAAUGCAGAUUUAAUAAAUUUACAUAUUAACUGUGAUGCUUUUUAAAAAUAAAUACAUGUAAUGACAAAA